GAAAAGGAAAGAGAAAAAGCCGAAAAAGCAGCCGCCAAGGAAAAAGACAAAGCUGAUAGAGCAUCUUCCAAAGAGCGUGAAAAAGCUGAAAAGGCAGCAGAGAAAGCUGCGGAGAAGGGUGAUAAAACGGCAGCAAAGGAAAAAGAGAAGGCAGAAAAAGCAGCCGCAAAGGAGAAAGAGAAAGCUGACAAGGAAAAAGAGAAGGCGGCGAAAGUAGACACAAAAGAAAAGGAAAAGGCAGAUAAAGCCGCUGCCAAAGAACAGGAAAAAGCGGAUAAGGCGGCCGCCAAGGAAAAGGAAAAGGCAGAAAAGAUGGCGGCUAAAGAAAAGGAGAAGGCCCAGAAAGAAGCGGCGAAAGAGAAAGAGGCAGCGCGAGCUAAGUCGGUGGGUAGUUGGUAA